GCUUCCGCUCAUGCGCUCUCGCUCAACGAGUACAUCCUGUCAUUUGGCCUUCUGAUAGAGGACACAACAAAUCAGCAGCAGAAACAUGUUUUCCAGAGUCGCAAGACCCUCAUUAGCAGUUUGUUCUUCAGCAAGGAAGUUUUCUUCAUCAUCACAGAAUAAUGCCAAAGUAGCAGUACUGGGAGCUUCAGGGGGCAUUGGUCAGCCUUUAUCACUCCUUUUGAAGAACUCGCACAGGGUAACACAUCUGUCCCUCUAUGAUGUAAUGCACACACCUGGAGUAGCUGCAGAUCUGAGUCACAUUUCAACAAAAGCAAAAGUUACAGGUCAUUUAGGUGCAGAACAACUUGCAGAUGCUGUAAAAGAUGCUGAUUUAGUUCUCAUACCUGCUGGAGUCCCACGAAAACCAGGAAUGACCAGAGAUGAUUUAUUCAACACAAAUGCUGGAAUUGUUAGAGACCUUUGCAGUGUCACUGCUGAAGUGUGUCCAAAUGCUAUUUUGGGAAUUAUUACAAAUCCGGUCAACUCAACUGUACCAAUUGCAGAGGAAGUAUACAAAAAGAAAAAUGCAUUCAAUGAAAACAGAAUAAACAUUUUUGGUGUCACAACAUUAGAUGUUGUUAGAGCCAACACAUUUGUAGCUGAAUUAAAGGGGCUUGAUGUAGAUAAGAUUAAUGUACCGGUUAUUGGAGGGCACAGUGGAGUUACUAUUAUUCCACUGCUGUCACAAGCUACACCAGCAGUAGCUUUUCCACAAGAGGAUAGGACAAGGUUAACAGAGAGAAUACAGAAUGCUGGAACCGAGGUUGUAGAAGCUAAGGCUGGAGCAGGAUCAGCCACAUUGUCCAUGGCAUUUGCAGCAGCUAGAUUUGCGUACAAGUUCCUGGAUGCCUUGAAUGGUGCUGACAAUAAAGUAGAAUGUGCGUACAUCAGGUCGACAGAGACUCCGGCUGCUUACUUUGCCACACCACUGCUUCUAGGGAAAAAUGGAGUGGAAAAGAAUCUUGGAAUCCCUAAAACAAUUGAAUAUGAAGCACAGUUAAUAGAAAAGGCUAUGCCAGAAUUACAAGCCAACAUCAAAAAGGGAAUUGAUUUCAUGAGCAAGUAAAAUCAGAUGGAAUUGCACAAUGUGAAAUCUCUAUAAGGAACAGCUGAUUAAUACUAACCAAUAUCAACAUCUGAAGACUUUUGUGUCUACGCCAAAUUGAUAGUGCUAUUUAUAAAGAAAAUUACAUCUCCACUCUGCAAUCAUGCAUUUUGCUGUAAAGAGAGAAUUUUAUUUCUGUGUACUAGGAGUUUGAAUCCUUUACACUGAUUAUUUAGUGUAGGAUUUUGUUUUAUAAUUUUGAAUGAAAGACAUUGUUACAUUUCA